AUGGAUUCGGUGGAGGAUUUCAAGCACGCUCCUAUGAAAUGGAAGGUCAUCUUGGCCAUAGACUUGGUAGUGUUAUUGAGUGACAUCAUACUAAUGGCAGUUCUAGGUCCCAAUAUAGAUAGCCCGCUCUUAUGGGUGUACUCCGCAACGCAAGGCAAAAGCAACUUCAAUGGUGGAUUUCCAGUCGGAACUGAUCUGUGA